GCGCUGCGCGAGUCCCGCGAGUCAGUCAACCCGGUGACGGCUGCCGAGCUACACCGCGUGUUCCCGCUUCACUGCCGUUCGCAGAAUUCGCCCGCGGCGUUUGUACUGAUGUAGGAACCGGUAUUCUUUCCUGCAUAACGUAAUACUUACACAGUGUCGUCCGUACUUUACUCUCAAUAUAGUGCAUUAAAAUAAGUACAGUAUGUGACUGAGGGACGUGAUACAUACGUAUAUAAUAAAGUUCUUCAAGUGGAUCGUGUGCCGGUCGCUCAAGGUCAGGCGCGUGUUUUACACCGCUCGGGUGUAGAUUUCGGUGAACUCGGGACAAAGAAGAGUCGUGUCCCGGAAUCGAACAUAACCCCGCGCGCGGAAAAGUUCCGAGGAAAAAUAGCGCGCGCUUUGCAGCACAGAGCCACUAAUCUCGCUGGAAGCGCGCGUUCAAGAUGUGAGAGAUAACUCGUGCGCCUCUCACACACGUAUAUACAGCAGCAGCUUCACGAGUAAUAAUAUACCUGUGGCGCAAGCGGAGAGAAGAGGAGGAGGAGGAGAAAAAUAAAUCCGGAGGGAUAAGCAUGCAGAGAGCCGCUUCCGGCCGCCGGCCGAAAAUACGCUCGCGCCCUUUUUUCCCCAGGUCGUGAACGACACAUAGGCCCGUCGAACCUGAGUCGAGAUCCACAAGUUUUUUCCCUCGCUUCCCGAAGAAGCUUCAGCCGUUCCCAGGUGCAGGGAAAAUCGGCCGUUCGUUAUAACUAUACUCGCAACCGUCAUCAGCCUCGCGAUGGAGGACGAGCUGCGCUGUCCAGCUUGCAAGAAAUUCUUCAGCGACCCGGUGCUGCUUCCCUGUUGGCACGCGCUAUGUCUAGCCUGUGCGGUGGGCAUGCAGGCACCUCCGGACUCGCCUCCGGACUCUGCCUCCUCCAGCGGCGUCGGCGACUCGAACUCGAUGAACAACGGCGCACCGGGUGACCAGGAGGCCGACAAGCUGAGCAUCCUCUCGGAGACGGACUCCGGUGUGGUGUGCAGCAGCAGCACUUCCACGGGUUCUAGGCCGGGAAGCUACGUCGGCACACCGGGCAACGGAGGAUGCUUCCCGCCGAGCGGUGGGACGCUGUGCCUGUCCUGUCCGGUUUGCCAGAAGACGGUCUUCUUCGACGAAGGCGGCGCACACAACCUGCCAAAAUACAGGGCGAUGCAGAGAAUCGUCGACAAGUACGUCGAGGCGAGGAACGUCAAGCUCAUGUGUCAGAUGUGCGAGAAGGAGCCGCAGGAGGCCACCGUUGCAUGCGAACAGUGCGAGGUGCUGUACUGCGAGAGCUGCCGCGAGUCCUGCCACCCGAAGCGCGGCCCGUUGGCCGCCCACAAUCUCGGCCCGGCCCAGGGCAGCUGGGCCAGCUCGACGCUGAGCCGAGGCAUCCGGGGUCCAGGAAGUCAGCAGGAGAACGGCGGCAAUCCAGGUUGCCUCGAGCACGCCGGCGAGACGGUCAGCCUUUACUGCGCCCUCUGCAAGAUCGCAGCCUGCGGGCUUUGUCUGCGAGACCGACACACGGCCCAUCCGCACGACGUCCUGCCGCUGGCAGCCGCCUGCAAGGCACAAAAGACGGAGCUAUCGCAGAAUCUCCAGCAACUGUCGGAACGAGCGAGGUCCACGACGGAGUUCAUUCAAAGGCUCAAAAGAAUGACGGAUAAAGUGCACGAGGAAUGCAUCUCGCUGGAGGAAGAGGUCGAGGAGCGCAUCAACGCGCUGAUCGCCAUGCUCCAGUCCCGCAAAGCUCGGCUCAUCGAGGCGGCCCGUCAGACCCGCGAAGCCCGAGUUCGUCUGCUGCGGGACCAGGUGUCUCGCUGCGCCGGUCACCUGCAGACCACCACAGGCCUCCUCACCUUCUGCAUCGAGGCUCUGAAAGAGACCGACAGCGCGGCCUUCCUGCAGAUCGGCGGUAUGCUGUCGAUGCGAGCCGCCACGGCCGCCGGUUCCUGGGGGGCAGCCGAGGGUGUCCAGGAAAUCGCCAGACUACCACUGCUGGAUCUGACGCUCGACGACAAGCCCGUUAGGAGGGCCAUCGACCAGCUGACCUUUGUCCAGAUGAAGCUAAGAACCCAAUCGAAAGAAAGAGCGCAAAUGAUCCAACUCGCCACUUUUUCUGCGGACGCUGCAGCGACGGAAGGCGAGGACCGCUACCCGACCUCAGCACCAGGAGCACCGCUGCUGCUACCCGAGGAGUGCAGCGCGGAGAACAACAGCGUGACCGUAGCGUGGCAGGCGCCACCAGGAUGUGGUCCAGGACAGAGGGGACCUGCGAUCGAGGGAUAUCUGCUCGAGCUUGAUGAUGGAUGCGCUGGAGAGUUUAGGGAGGUGUACUGCGGUCGCGAGACCAUCUGCACGGUGGACGGGCUGCACUUCAACUCGCUGUACAACGCCAGGGUUCGAGCCUUCAACAGCGCCGGCGAGGGCGACUACUCCGAGCUCAUCGGUCUCCAGACCGCCGAGGUGGCCUGGUUCUCCUGGGCGAUGUGCGCUCCGGGUCUGCCCCAGGAGAUCUCGAUGUCCGAGGACGCGAUGAGCGCCUCCUGCGAAGGCUACGAGCACCGAGUCGUUCUGUCCACAGUCGGUUUCUCGCGCGGUAUCCACUACUGGGAAUUGACGAUCGACCGGUACCACAGCGACACCGAUCCGGCCUUCGGUAUCGCUCGUGCCGACGUCUCCCGCGACCAGAUGCUUGGCAAAGACGACAGGGGCUGGAGCAUGUACAUAGACCGUCAGCGCUCCUGGUUCAUGCACGGGGGCGUUCACGCUCAGCGCACCGAAGGCGGCAUCCAGCAAGGCUCGACGGUUGGUCUCCUCCUCGACCUCGAGUCCACGCACACGUUGCGCUUCUUCGUCGACGGCCAACCCCAAGGCGGCAUCGCUUUCCGAGACCUCUACGGCGUCUUCUAUCCGGCGGUCAGUCUAAACCGAGGCGUCUGCGUCACUCUACACACAGCUCUGGACGUGCCCAGGCAUCUACUGCUGCUCGAUCACCAGCUCGAAGACGCCUACGUCUGCGGCGACGUGCUCCAGAGCUAGGGGUACCUCAACGUACUGAGAAAGGGCCUGCUCAUGCAGCAGGAGCUACUGCAACUACCGUUUAUGCAGCAGGGUCAUGAACGUUUCAAGGAGCUCAGUGAGUUAGCCCAGGUGCAGACGCUCGAGAGGAUCGUCGAGGAGAACGUGGCCGACGUUUGCGCCUAAGACGGGGGACGCCCCGUCGCUCGAGCUACUCAUAACGCUGCGUUCUUAUUUCCUCAUUUCGGACGAGAGUAACUAUAAUACUGUAUUGAAUUUUCUCUUAGAUGACUUUAUUUUUUACACAAAACAGCGACUUGUCCGUGCGUUCCGCGGGAUAUUAAAUGCCAUAUUAUUAGUACUAUACGUAUGUAUUAUGACUACGUGAGCGGUAACGCAUUUAACGCGAUGAUUGCGCAGAGAAACCUGUAGUAUGGAAAUACAUUUUAAACGAAUCGGCGGAGAGAUACGGUGGUAAAUUCUUUAUUCCUCAAAGGCUUCCUCUGUGCAAUCAGGAUAAUUUUAACAGUGUAAAGUACUUAGGCGUUUUGUUGAAGAAAAUUCCUUUAUGUUUAUCAUUGUUUGCUUAAAAGUAUUAUUUAUUUGAUAAAUAAUUGCGUGAGGGACGCGAAGCGAAAUUUAUGCACAGUGUACGAAAAGUGGUGCGAUUUCCGAUAUUCGAGCUUUUCGAGUGCGUUUGCAAAUUUAUUAUGAAUGCACGACGACUGAGCGCGUCGUUAAAAAGAGAAGACUGUGUACGAGUACAUACAUAAUAUAUAUAAAUCUAUAUUUACGCAUAAGCCAUGUGCGUUGGAACAAUAAUUCAAAAAAGGAGCUUCGUUACUAAAUAUUCGAGAUACACUCUAACUGCAUCAUAUCGAUCGUCUUUAGUGUCAUAAUUACUUCGUAUAAGCGUGUAUACAUUUUCUAUUUGCGAUUUUGGUGUUUGUCGAACAAAAAUCACAGGAAUCUGCCUUCAAGAAUCGAAGUAAACGUGAGUAAAAAAUUUACGUGUUUUGAGAUAUAUCGAUGAUGACGCGUGCUGCUUUGUUUUGUUUUAAGAUAUAAGAUAAAACGAAUGAUUGGUAAAGAUUAUCGACGUAAAUGUAUAUUUUAACCCGAAGCGAAGACACCUGUCGCGUAAGUGCAGUGUAAGAGUUGUAAGGACUUUUUAUCGAUGAAACAUAGGAACGAUUUUUAAGACGAUGUUUUGCUAUUUAAAGAUAUAGGAGAAAGCUUAUCGAUACAGAGUAUUUGCUAAGAAAAUGAAUGUCACUCGUCUUAUAUAUAAGAAUGUUUUCGUAAGUAAAACAAAAUUUAUACAAGACUUAUACUAUAUAAAAAUAACAUAAAUGUACCUAACGUUCGAGAGCGACUACUAAACGCGUCGUGUAAUAUAAAAAAUAAACCUAUGCAUCGGUAGGUUUAUUCGUCAUUGAGCAUCAAAAUGUAUUUAAAAUACCUUUUUUGAUUUGUGUUCAAAUGGGUUUGUGUUUGCUCAUUCGAAUUAAAACCGUACGUUUUAUCAAAGGCAGCUAUAUAAGAAAGUAUUAGUUCAUUUAACAUGUAGUUACAUAUCUAACUGAGUGUAUCAGUAUCAUUUUCUUUGAAAUGUACUACAUUGAAACACGAAUAAAUUGAAGUGAGAGGUGAAUUAUUUGAUUGAUAUUAUGUUUUAAUAAAAGGUUGAACUCCAAUAUUUACAUUAUUUAUUAUUACGACCACAUACCAUAUCAUAUUGUACUAUCUAUGAAUAUACUAAAAUUUUGUUAAAGACUAAACGAAUAUUUCUACACCUUGCAAAUGUUGCACAAAAAAAUUGAAAACUUGUAAGGACGAACGAUAUUUGUACUUUCUAUAGAUUGAAAAAGCUGCAUUGUCCGACUGAGAAACUGAAAACUUUUUCAAUACAAAGAAAAAAAAAUGAUACAUCCGCAAAGAAAACUCGACUGUAAGACGCUGUAUAAUUUUCCAAUUUUCAUCACUGUCAAAGAUAACAUGCGAAAUAUAAAGAUCGGAAAGUCAGCGCUCGCCCGGGCACACGCACACACAUAUCAUAAAAAUCAGGAUCUCCGCACAAGCGCACACGCGCAUAGCCGCACAAACAUCUGGAGAGAAUAAAAGCCAAGGGAAAAGAAAAGAAGGCGAAUCUUCUCAUUUUCAUACCGGGCGGGCUGCAGAGAGCGACAUAGACGCAUGCACGCGCUCGGCCGCUCGUAUCCUAACGUAUGAUAUUGCAUAGCGCAGUAGUAUGGAGAGACUCCGCAGUGCUAGACUCUCUCUUUCUCUCUCUCUCUCUCUCUCUCUCUCUCUCUCUCUCUCUCUCUCUCUCUCUCUCUCGCGGACACGAGCCCUGCGCGUCUCGCCUUACAUGCCGAAUGAGCUUGCCGCCUCCUCUGCUGUGCCGCCGCAUCCACUCCAAAGUCUGGCCGUGACGCGUGUCUCGAACUGGAAUAUCGGAGGGCAGAGGAUAGUCGUCGUCGGAAUACAGAGGAGAAGAAAGGGAGAGAGAGAGCGCGCCUACGGCUUUGUGACUAUGUGCAUGCGGCUGUGCAUUUACAUCUGUAUGCGCGCGCGAGCGAGAUAUGCACACGUCCGAGCUGACUGCUUUUAUUGUACAUAGCUGUACAUAUACAUAGUGAGUGAGAGCGAGCCAGAGAGAGAGAAAGAGAGAGAGAGUCAUGUAUUGAUUGUACACCCCACCGACAGGAAGAUCGGGAACAAGUUGUAUACUGUACCAUUUCACCGAUAUAUAUUGUAUCCGACCAAUAAAACGUACAUAUAUAUUA